GGCGGGGCAGCGAAACGGAAGCGGCGGAGCACGGAGGCGCUGCUCACACGGCGGCUUCAGCCAGGAAACAAAAGGUACUCCACAAGUUCCAGAGAAGGAAGAUGUGGGGCAAGAACCCAGUGACAUAGAAGAAGGUGGACUAGAUCUCAGUGUGCAACUAAAGCCAGUUAGUUUUUACAUCACAGACAAGAAGGAAAUGCUUCGACAAUGUUUUUAUAUCAUAGGAGAAAAGAAAUUGCAAAAAAUGCUGCCAGAUGUUUUAAAGAACUGUUCCAUAGAAGACAUCAAAAGGCUUUGUCUUGAACAGCUGGAACUCAUGUCUGAGAAGAAAUUACUGAAAAUUCUUGAAGGUGAGAACGAAGCUGAUUCUGACAGUGAUGAAGAGGAGGAUGAUAAUAAAGAGAAGUCAGCAAUUGAGUCAAUCAGUCAGCAAGACAGUAGCAUAGAUUCAACUUCUUGGUUGAAGGAAGACAGCAAAUUGGAAGGGAUGGACUCAAAACAAGGUCAUACUGCCCUAGAGGUCAUACUGCACAUACCUAGGCCAUACUGCCCUAGAGGUAAAGGCAAGAGGGAGGAUAGUGAUGUUCUCAGCAUCAAUGCCGACGCGUAUGAUAGCGACAUUGAAGGCCCAUGCAACGAAGAAGAGAGUCCAGAUGUGCCGGAAAAGACUGUCAGAAGUGGAGAUGGUCAGAUAGAUGACCUUCAAAAGGACAUUGAGAAAAGUGUAAACGAGAUCCUGGGGCUUGUUGAAUCUUCCCCGAAGGAGACUAAGGCAGCAGCAUUAGCAGUUCCUCCAGCAGAUGAUGUUCAGCCAUCAGCACAGCAGCUGGAACUCCUGGAGCUUGAGAUGCGAGCAAGGGCUAUUAAGGCCCUCAUGAAAGCUGGAGAUGCAAAAAAAUAGCCCCAGGGUUGUUUCAUUUGCAAGAUGUCUGUAUUUGUUCUGAUGGGUGUAAUGUCAGCUCCCUUCAGUGCUAAAAAUGAUGUUUGGACUGGCUUUGACAUUCCUCAUUCCAAACCCUUUGUGUAUCCUAACUCAUAGCUGGACUAAUCGGCAGCAGUUUGUCACUGUCAUCAGGAUGCUGCUUCUGUGACUUAAAUGCACAUUGAUUGGUUGGAUACUGUUUGGCCCACUUGGUCACCUUUUUUUUCACUGUUAGAUUAUAUCUCAAAAGUAAUCAGAAAACAAAUAGGCAUAGACAGCAUCGCUCUCUAGCUUUACAGAGUAAUAGAAGUGAUGAGGGUCUCUUGACAACCUUUACUCAAGAGGUACGUGUGGACUUCGCAGUCUCCAUCAGCCUGAGCCAAUGUAGCCAAUAGAGAGGGAUGGUGGGUGUUACAAUCUAGUACCUUCUGGAGAACCACACAUUUCCAUCCUGCUUGUCUUAGAAAGUUUAAUUGUAGAACGGGAGAAAGGGGCAUUGCCCAUUAUAUGUGACAUGUGAGUUGAGAAAGCACUCAAGGAUCUCUGACAGUCAUUUGAAUCUUGCAGGACUUUCUAAAAUUGAUACAAGUUAUGGGCAUGUUAAUGUUGAUAUGCAUUGCCUUUGACCUCUAUGGCCUCCUCUUGAAAGCCAAGAUGGUGACACUGACCUUUGGCAGGAAUUGGGAAACAAUGCAUCUGGCCUUAGCAGUUUGCCAGUUUGGUCAGCCAACCAGCCUUAAAUAUUCACAAUCUGUAUAAUUUCAAAAAAUGAAGAAAAAAGUACUUGUCUCCCUUAAUUCUAGUGACUUCAGUAAUUGUGUGUGUGUGUGUUACAUUAUACUCUUUAAAAAAACUUUUGGUACUUGAAAGUUAUGUGGUGCAUAAUUUCCCAGAAUAUGAGAGACAACAUUGAAAGAGAAUGGUUAAACCUCAAAACAUUAAAAUGCAUGCUUACAUUGUAGAGUUAAUAUGAUUAAUGAUAGUUUCUAACCCCUAUGUUAAGCAAGUACAGAAGUGCCUGAUUGUUAAGAGUGGCUGUUCCACAACUGUUUCAUUUUUCAAUAGAUGUGGUAUUUUUCUCUCCUUUCAUUACCAGUAAGGUUUUCUAAUUUCUAUUUGAUAGCAACAUUUCCAUGCAGCUAGGGUAUUUUUAUUUAUUUGUCAUUCAGUUGUCCAUUCUGUAAGAUGAAACAGAGCAGUCCAGAAUGUGAAUUGUCAAUAUGCUGAGUUUUUAUUUGGACAUAUAUAUUCUUGCAUCCAUUGUACAAAUUACUCAUUGGCCCUUAUUCACAACUUUCAGUAGAUCAAUAUCUGCCAUUUUUGAAAAAAGGCAAAAAACCUCUACAAUCUACCAUGUACAGAUGAGCUAAAUAAAUAUAAUUGACUUUAAA